UCGUGACGUAUGCGGCCGUCAGUUAGAGGCGCCAUCUUGAUGUCUCCGAAGUGACCAGAAAAGACGACAAGCGGCAGAAAUUCAGCACAAAUCCGGCGAUACUUUUCUCUUAGUCAGAGCGGAACAUUGAGCUACAUGAGUUCAUGGACUGCCUGCUAAUCAAUGGCCACGUCAACGAUAAGAGUCGCCUAGGUUUACCCGGGUCUCUCCGCUCAAAGAUGGACGACAGCGCGGCGAGGGACGACGCCUGCCGAGAGUACCAGUCCUCUCUGGAAGACCUGACGUUCAACAGCAAGCCGCACAUCAACAUGCUGACCAUCCUGGCCGAGGAGAACCUCCACUUCGCCAAGGAUAUCGUCGCAAUUAUUGAAGCGCAAAUAAGCAAGGCCCCGUCUGCCGAGAAGCUUCCAGUUUUGUACUUAGUGGAUUCCAUAGUGAAGAAUGUUGGAGGAGAAUACCUUGCAGUGUUUGCUAAAAACCUAAUCACUUCAUUUAUAUGUGUCUUUGAAAAGGUGGAUGAGAACACUAGGAAGAGUCUGUUCAAGUUACGCUCCACGUGGGACGACGUGUUUCCUCUAAAGAAAAUGUACGCGCUGGAUGUGCGGGUCAACUCGGUGGACCCGGCCUGGCCCAUCAAGCCGCUGCCGCCCACCAUCAACGCCAGCAUUCAUGUCAACCCCAAGUUUUUAAAACAGUCUGAGGAGGUGUCCUCACCACCGCCUACCCCCGCCAAGCAGCCUCCGCCGCAGCCCCCGCCUGUAGCGGUGACGGCCCCUCAGCCGACCCCGGCGAUCAGUCAGUCCAGUGUGACCCAGGAGCAGCUGAUCCGUCAGCAGCUGCUCGCCAAACAGAAACAACUCCUGGAGCUGCAGCAGAAGAAGAUCGAGUUGGAGCUGGAGCAGACCAAAGCUCAGCUGGCUGGAGGCUUUGUGAUUCCCGUUUCCACUCCAGGCUCAGCUCCAGCAGUGAGCGCUGCGCAGAAACCCAUCACUCAGACUGCUCCUGUGGUCCGACCCUGGAUCCCCCCUCAGACUCAGGCAGACACAAAACCCCCCACAAGAGACCCCCGCCUGAACCGCAUUGGCCCCCCAGCUGCCCCUCAGCCCAAAGAACAACAUCCUGGGAAGAAAACAGACUCAACCACGACAGGAAGUACCACGCAGACGCCUGAGAAGAACCGUCCAGAAAAAGCCAGGACCCCGAGGAAGGAGGCGCUGGAGGAGAAACCCAAAUCCAAGCCGCUGUCUCCGAUGCCCAAAAAUGUCCAGAAUAAAAGCAAACAGGUGGAGGGGGAAGUCCAGAAGUCCUUAGAGGUCACCAAGAAAGACCCCCGGCUUAAGAAACGCACGCAGGACAAGAGCGGGGAGACCAAAGACGAGGAGCUGAAGGAGAAGAAGAGAUGUACUGACAAGAAGGAACGAGAGGAGGCGCUGAGGGCGGCGGAGCCUCAGAGGUCCAACAAAGGGAAGCUGGUCAACGGCUCUGUGAGCAAACACGACCGCAACGAGUCCAACGACAAGCCAGAGUUCAAGACCGGAGGUAAUGCCCGCACGCACGCCAGGAAACGUACCCGCUCACGCUCCAGGUCGCGUUCCCCCGCCGCCUCCCCCAAAAGGAAGGACAGGAGAUCCCCGAAGAGCCGAACCCGGAGCAGCUCCCUGUCUCCGUCCCCAUCUCACAAACCUGGCAAACCACGGAGGGUCCGCGCAGAUGAAGCAGAGCACGGCAAGCCCGGCCGAGAGGACCGCCUCACUCUCAAGAAGAACCAAUCAGAGAGCAGGAGGUCAAAGAGGCCGGCGGAGGAGCGACACUCCGAAACAAGAGACUCCCACUCUCCACGAGGCCACGAAGGAGGAGCCAAGGAGACGAAGGAGGCUCCUCACCGCUGGAGGAGCGGCUGGGAGGAGAACAAACACACAAAGCUUCCGGAGGAACCUCAUGUGAAGCCCGGACCUCAGAGACACAAACAGUAUGGCACCCCGACCCGACCUUCAACACCCCGGACGCCCAAACAUCGGCUCAGCGUGGACGCCAACAUGCAGAUCCCAGAGGCCUUAAACUCCGCCUCCAAAAAAGACCUGCUGAGGAGGGCGAGUAAACGCCUCGAGAGCGGCGAGAUCUCCCAGGAGGACUUCCUGAACAUGGCCCACCAGAUCAAAUACUUCUUCCAGUAUCAGGAGGAGAAGCAGCAGCACUCUGAGAACUGGGACCGCUCUGGAAACUUCUCAGACAAGAAACAGCCGGUGCUGAACACAGCGCUCUUAGCACAGCCCCGCCUCCAUGACCCCAUGGACGCCGCACAGCUGUCUUACUAUGAGCACAAGUCCAAGCUGAGGAAGACGCAGGUCGCACACAGACCUCCAGGGGAGGAGUGGGAGGACAAGGAGAGUGAGGGGGAGAGCGAGGUGGUCGGGCAAGGGGAGAAGACGGGUGGACGGAGUGCUGGUCGACGGGCGCUAAGGGAACGACAGGAUGAGAGGCGGAGCAAAGAGCGUGAGGAGCCCCACCCACCAACUGGCCCAAUGAUUGAGGAGUACAACCACGGGAAAGAGUUCCCCACCCUGAAGUCUCUGCCCGGCCUAAGAUUCAGGAGGAGAGCUGACCCCCGAGAGUCCACUGAAAGGGAGUGGAACUCGCCGCUGACGGAGCGCCAACGUGAUGAGCAGAAGAGUGGCUACGAUGCCCCCCGGAGGUAUGGCCCCCCAGCGGACUCUAGACUACCUGACCCUCGGAGGCCCGAUGUGCCCCCAUCUGGCACUGUGGUCCACAGGAACUGUCCGAGCCCAGUUGGUCCAGAGGCUCCACCCCCGAGGUUUGAGCGAGAGCGCCUGUCUCCUCUCCACCCGAGAGAGACGGCCGAGGCGAGUCCAGUCCCUCGCUUUGAGAGUCCAAACAGUGAACACUCAGACGAUGGGCCCCUGGACGCCUCCCUUGCUUACCCUACUCCCAAAUCCAUCCUGAAGGCCCCGGGCCGAGCAGGACCACUGUUAUCAGGCCUACAGCACAGUGACUCACCAGGCCACACCCCCCCUCACGAAGGAGGACACACUACGUCCAGGUACGAUGGUCCCGCACACAUGGGCCCCUCAAGACCCCAAUCCCAGGGCUGGUAUGAGGGUGGGGGCCCCGAGCACUACGAAGACACGUCCAGGUUUGAGGGACCUCCUCACCCCGGCCCUGGCAGGUUCGAGGGGGUCGGGCCCCCACAUCGGUUUGAUGGCCCUCCCUUGCCACAUGGUCCAAUCAGAGGAGGCGACAUGGGCCGGUUUGAUGGUCCCUCUCACCCUCAGGGUCCUGGGAGGUUUGACGGGCCUCCUGUGAGGUUUGAGGGACAGGGGCCUGGACUGGCUCACUUUGAGGCCCCCAUGCAGCGCUUCAACAACAUGGCUCCAGGUCCGGUUCCGGGGCCAAUGGGCUUCCAGCAGCAGCAGCGGCCCCCCCGCUUUGACGGACCCCCGAACCAGAUGGGCCCCAUUAGGUUUGAGGGCCCUGGAUCAAUGCACUUUGAUCAGCCAGGACCCCGUUUUGACCUCCCUCAGCAGGGUGUACCCCCCCUCUAUGACUGCCCCCCCAGAUUCACCCCCCAGCAGAACCUGCAGCCCCCGAUGAGGCAGAUGGCCCCGCCCAUUUAUGAAGGCCCCAUGGCCCCCCAGCAGAACUUCAACAUGGCCCCACAGAGGUUCCCUGAGCCCAUGAAUCCCCAGUUCCCCGGGGGGCCCAUGGCGUUCCCUGCGCAGCCUAACAUGCAGCCUGCAGCCAACUUCAACAUGCAGCCGGUCCCACCCUUCAGCCAACCAGGCCCCGCCCCCUUCUACAACCCUGCUGCCCCCGCUGUCGGCAUGCAGCAGCCGGUGAACCUGAUGAACCUGAACCAGCCCUUCCUGCCUCAGAACACAGUGCCUUUCACACAGCCAGUUCCUGUCGUCCCUCCAGAGAAUCACUUCGGUCAGGUGGACGUCAACGACCUGCUGUCCAAACUCAUUUCCAACGGCAUCAUCAAACCAUCACAGCCUGAAGCCACGCCCACUGCCAGCACCGGAUCUGCAGGUCCUGGUCCUGCUGCUCCUGCUGCGGUGGAGGAGGAGGAAGAGGACGAGCAGGAUGAGGAGGAGGGAGAUGUCCCCGACCUCACCACCUUCAAGAUAGAUGACAUGAAACCCCGUUACGAGAGCGUGGUGACUCGCCUGUACUCGGGGAAUCAGUGCUGUCUGUGCAGCAUGAGGUUCACCGCCGCGCAGACCGACAUGUACGCCGACCACCUCGACUGGCACUUCAGACAGAACCACGCUGGCAAGGUCGCCGGCAAGAAGAUCACACACCGCCGCUGGUACUACACACUCAGGGACUGGAUCGAGUUUGAGGAGAUCGCUGACCUGGAGGAGCGGGCAAAGAGUCACUUCUUUGAGAAGGUGAACGAGGAGGAGGUUCAGAAGACUCAGGCAGCCGCCAAGGAGAAGGAGUUUCAGUGUGUGAAAGCCGCAAAGGACCAAGUGGGCGAGCUGUGUGAGAUCUGUCAGGAGCCCUUUGAGACCUACUGGGUGGAAGAGGAGGAGGACUGGUUCCUGAAGAACGCCCUCCGGGUCGACGACAAGAACUUCCAUCCAUCGUGUUUCGAGGAUUAUCAAAAUUCGUCGUAUGUCGACGUCACACCGUCGCCGAGCAAACUGCUCACGGAGCACCCGCUGACCGCCUUCAUUAAGAAAGAGGAGGAGGAAGAGGAGGACACGUCAUGUGCUGUGGCCGCCGCCGCCGCUGCUGCUGCUGAGGCCGCUGUAGCCGCCGCCGCCUCACAGGAAGUGAAGAGUGAGGGCGGCGAGCUUCCUGAAAUAAAACAAGAGGAGGAGCUUUUAACUGAAGUGCAAUCGGAGGAGACGGCGGAGUGAUGACCCGACCGCCGCCGCCUCGCGUCACUUUUUCUUUGUUUUUGGAGAGAAAACGUGUUUUUAUCGCGCCGAGUCCUCGGAAACCUAAACGUCAAUACAUUUUAGUAUUUGGAUCCACGCAACCUUUUGUGGUCUCUGUUUCUGUGAAUCAACUGAACAUGUUUGUUAAGAAGAGUUUGGAUGACAGAUGUAAAUGAUUUAAUUUAUACAUUAAAGUAUUUUUGGUAUGUGUGCUGUUCCGAUGAUUGUCUGCAGUCGAGCCUCGUUGAUUUAUUCCACCUCGUAGCUCCAGGUGAUGUUUGUGGCUGCGCUCAAAGGUAAGCAUCAGCUGAUUGGACGGCUGGAGACUCUGCAGGAGGCGAAUCGUUGGAGCUUCUGCAGAUUUAUUUCUUUGGUUGCUUUUCAAUAAAAGAGUCUGAAACGUGUUUGUUGGUGUGAACACUGAUUAUUGGUCCUCUCUUCACUUUGUUGUUUAGGUUUCAAUAAAGUUUGGUUCAGUUUGA